AUGCUCACCAAAACAAACAGUCUUUCGCAGAAAAGUGGGAAAAUACUUGGCAAAUCACGUAAAGGAUCGGAAACAAAACAGGCAGGGAGCGAGUUAGAAUGCGGUAUGCUUUGUGUUGCAGAUGGGUCAUGUCAAUCAGUCAAUUGUAAAACUGCAGGAAUCGGUAAAGGUCUAUGUGGGCUGAACAGUAAGACACUUCAAGAAGCAUCUGAAGAUUAUGAGGAAACGAACCUUGAAUUCAACCACCUUCAUGUCAUAAAAAAGGUUAGAAAAUUAAUCAUUAUUCUUUACUGUUGUAUGGCACGCGAGCAAGAAAGUAGUUGCCUAUAA